GGGUUUUAAUUUGUCUUUGCACUAUUGUUUGGUAAUUGUGUGUGAUUUUACAGCUCACAGACACAUGAAAACCUUCAGCUUCCUCAGUAACUCCAGCACCAUCACUGGCUUCAUCCUCCUGGGCUUCCCUGGACCCAGGGAAAAGCAGAUCUUCCUCUUCGUGCUCUUCUCCACUGUCUACCUCCUGACCCUCAUGGGCAAUGGUUCCAUCAUCUGUGCUGUGCGCUGGGAUCAGAGACUCCACACCCCUAUGUAUAUCCUGCUGGCCAACUUCUCCUUCCUAGAGAUCUGGUAUGUCACCUCUACAGUCCCCAACAUGUUGGCCAACUUCCUGUCUGACACCAAUGUCAUCUCCUUCACUGGGUGCUUCCUGCAGUUCUAUUUCUUCUUCUCCUUGGGUUCUACAGAAUGCUUCUUUCUCGCAGUUAUGGCAUUUGAUCGGUACCUUGCUAUCUGCAGGCCCCUACGCUAUCCAACCAUUAUGACGAGACAUCUUUGCACCAAUCUUGUGGUCAGCUGCUGGGUUCUUGGUUUUCUCUGGUUCUUGAUUCCCAUCAUCAUCAUUUCCCAAAUGUCCUUCUGUGGAUCCAGGACUAUUGACCACUUCCUCUGUGAUCCAGGUCCUCUUCUAGCACUCACUUGCAAAAGAGCUCUUUUAAUAGAACUUGUCUUCUCCUCCUUAAGUCCUCUGCCUCUUGUUAUCCCCUUUCUCUUCAUCAUGGGGUCUUAUAUUCUUGUCCUCAGAGCUGUAUUGAAUGUCCCAUCAGCAGCUGGAAAAAGAAAGGCCUUCUCCACCUGUGGGUCUCACCUGGCUGUGGUCUCACUCUUCUAUGGCUCAGUACUGGUCAUGUACGGAAGCCCAACUUCUGAGCAUGAAGCUGGGAUGCAGAAGACUGUGACUCUGUUUUAUUCUGUUCUGACCCCACUCCUUAACCCUGUGAUAUAUAGUCUUAGGAACAAAGACAUGAAAAAAGCUCUGCAGAAAUUUCUAGGAACAUAA